GGGGAAAGAAGAAGUAUCUAUCAUACCAUGCACGUUCUGGACGCUUUGCACCAUAUGGUAGGUAACUGCACGAGCACAUACUGAUCAUUUCAUUUUCUUCCUUCCUCGGAGAGAUAGACAAUAAUACUGCUAUGGCAGGGUACGGAUAUGGUGUUUUGACAAUUGCAAUAUUUGUAGUAAGGCAUUACUAGUUUUUUGUAACGCUAAACUUUUUUCAUAUGAUACCCCACAUUCCUCACGCUGGCUGAAGGUUAUAGCUAUUUUAAUCAUUCAUAUUUAUCACGAUACCCGCCGAACAGGAGCGUUUCCGGUAUUGCACAAAAUUGAUGCGGUAUGCUGCUCAGCUUUCACGGUAAGGGCAGGUCAUCACCCGCUGCUGCUGGUAAGGUGUGUCGGGAACAUUCAAACCCACCGGAUCCCAUCGCGGGGAGGGUGGUGGGAGGGGGUAUUAAUAUCGUACCUUCGGACUUGGUCCGACAUAUCCCGCUUCACUAACUCUCACAGUAUUGUACCGUUGGGAGAGCGAGCAAGAAAGAAAGAAAUGGGGGGGGGGAGAUUCCUGGGGGCUUUUUUUUUUUCCUUUUUAUUUUCUUCCUCGUGCUGGGAAUAUUAGCGCCUCCGGGGACGUUAAGAAUCUUAAAAAGGAAACAAGAAGAGAGAGCUCCUUGACAAUGGCUUGUCCCAUCUACUCUCUUGGAAUGUUAGGGGAUAGCGGGUAUAUACAUAUAUACCGUACCCACAUAAAAGCCCACUUUCACAGGGCCUUCUUACAGCACGGUAUGCCUCAUUUGUCUUCGUGUGGAGCGGAACCAGAUUCACCGACGCGGGUCCACUGCAGUGGACAAACACAACCUCUGAUAUGCGUCACAAUCACUCACUCGUCUCACCUCUGGCUCGGGAGAUUGUGUGGGUUCGUAGACGCCCGGUUGAGGAUCGGGUCGGAUACCCGAGAAAUCGAGGUGGGGGCGAGACGGGGAUUGGAGGGGAUGGAGUGUCAUCUCCCCGACCUCCUCGUGGGUCGAUGUUGA